GCGGCUUGCUUUUUCAGUAGUCGCAGCUACUAAGCGAAAACAAAGAGAAAACCUAAAUAGUCUAAAGACUAAACCUCCAAAAACGAAAAUGACCGAUUACGAAGCUUGCUACCAGAGUAACGGAGAGGAUCUUGAAAACAGCAAUGGCGGCGUUCCCUCUCCUCAGCCCCGCGAAGGUAGUCACGGCGGCCUUGAUGAUCUCCGCGAUUCCAAAUCUCAGCAUGGAUCACGUGAGCACGAGAGAGGGUCUUCUAGAAGUAGGGAAAAAGAGAAAAGCCGCGAUAAGGGAAGGGAUAAGGAUUCCGAUCGACAUAGGGACAAGGAAAGAGACAAGGAGAGGGAAAGAAGUAAGGAUAGGGACAGAGAAAAGGACCGUGACCGUCAUCACAGAGACCGUCGUAGGGAUCGAAGUAGGGAGCGGAGUGAAAGGAGAGAAAGGGGAAGAGAUAGAGAUGAUGAUGAUUAUCACCGAAGUCGAGACUAUGAUAGGAGAAGGGAUUAUGACAGAGAUAGGGGGGACAGGAAUAGGCGUGGUUCUCGUAGAUCUGAACACAGAUCAAAGUCAAGGUCCCGCUCUCGCUCACCCUCAAAGAGCAAAAGGAUUAGUGGCUUUGACAUGGCACCUCCUGCUUCAGCAAUGUUAGCUGCUGGUUCUGGUGGUGCUGCUGCGGCUGCUGCUGCCGUCACGGCCACCACAGUCCAGAUUCCAGGGAAUAAUCCAACCCUACCUGGAGUGUUUCCAAACAUGUUUCCUCUGGCAACUGGUCAGCAGUUUGGUGGUCUCCCUCUUAUGCCAGUUCAGGCAAUGACUCAGCAGGCUACGAGGCAUGCUCGGCGCGUCUAUGUUGGAGGGCUUUCUCCCACUGCAAAUGAACAGGUGUUACUCUGCACUAUAGUUAAACAUUUCUUUUUAUUGGUUGCAUUUAUUGCUGGAACUGACCUAAAUAUUAUAUUGCAGUCAGUCGCAACUUUCUUCAGCCAGGUUAUGGCUGCAAUUGGUGGGAAUACUGCUGGUCCCGGGGAUGCUGUUGUUAAUGUCUACAUAAACCAUGAAAAGAAGUUUGCUUUUGUAGAGAUGAGAUCAGUUGAGGAAGCUAGUAAUGCAAUGGCUUUAGAUGGGAUUAUCUUUGAGGGAGCACCUGUGAAGGUUCGGAGACCCAGUGACUACAACCCUUCGCUUGCUGCAACUCUUGGUCCAAGUCAGCCCAGUCCCAAUCUUAAUCUAGCAGCUGUAGGUCUAUCUCCAGGGUCUGCUGGUGGGCUUGAGGGUCCAGACCGGAUUUUUGUGGGGGGGCUUCCAUAUUACUUUACUGAAGCACAGAUCAGGGAGUUGUUAGAGUCUUUUGGACCCCUUCGAGGUUUUGAUCUAGUAAAAGAUAGAGAAACUGGAAACUCAAAAGGCUAUGCCUUCUGCAUAUAUCAAGAUCUGUCAGUUACAGACAUCGCUUGUGCUGCUUUAAAUGGAAUUAAAAUGGGUGAUAAAACUCUCACUGUUAGGCGAGCAAACCAAGGUGCUACCCAGCCUAAACCUGAGCAAGAGAGCAUCCUUCAGCAUGCACAGCAGCAGAUUGCUUUGCAGAGGCUUAUGUUGCAACCACAAGGUGUGCCCACAAAGGUUGUGUGCUUGACUCAAGCAAUUAGUGAAGAUGAUCUUAGAGAUGAUGAGGAGUAUGGGGACAUUGUUGAAGACAUGAGACAAGAGGGUGGAAAACAUGGUGCAUUGGUGAAUGUUGUCAUACCCCGCCCGAAUCCAAAUGGUGAAUCAUUACCGGGUGUUGGGAAGGUAUUUCUGGAGUACUCAGAUGUGGAAGGUUCCCGAAAAGCCCAAGCUGCAAUGAAUGGAAGGAGAUUUGGUGAAAAUCAAGUAAUUGCUGUGUUCUAUCCUGAGAACAAAUUUGCACAGGGGGAGUAUGAUGGCUAAUGUGUCAUAUCUUAGCUGCUAUGCCUAUGAUGCAAUGUAGUUGUACGAACUGGUUCUUUAUUCGUUUAGGUUUUUAGAGUUAAGAUAUAGACAAGGUAUAAGAAAUUUAUCCAUGACUCCCACCUCUUAUUGUAAUUCUAAUGAUGGUUUUGUACCUAAUGUCCUUUAGUUUGUAUCUCCUGCAUUUCUUAAUUUGGUAUCAAGGAUGAAGAAAAUGUUAAAAUUCGAACCAGCUUUAGGAUAUUUAUUUUGUGUGUUGGCACUGGAAUUAAAAGUGAGAUGAAAUAUCAAACGAAGGCUAGUUAUUUGUAUUAUAAAUUUUAAAACAAACGAGUUCAUGUUGUUAAGGAUAUGUAUGUUUUCUUUAUCA